AUGGAGGGAGACAAAUGCCCCCUCCACCAAUGUUUGUUGUUCCCUGGGAAGAAACUUGUCCCUGAGAAACCAGCUGUGACCGCCCAGGUCCUUGAACAUAGGCUUGACCCAUUCCUGCACCAACCAUCUGUUGCUGCUGUGGUUGCAGUUGCUGUAAUUGUGGAAGCUGCUGCUGCUGCUGUAGUUGUGGAAGUUGUUGUUGAAGCUGAGGUAGCUGCUGCUGUUGCUGGAUUUGUGGAAGCUGUUGCUGUUGCAACUGAGAGAGCUGCUGCUGUUGGACCUGAGGAAGCUGUUGCUGCUGCUGUAGCUGAGGAAGUUGUUGCUGCUGUUGUUGCAACUGAGGAAGUUGCUGCUGCUGCUGCUGUUGCAGCUGAGGGAGUUGUUGCUGUUGCUGCAUGUGAGGAAGUUGCUGCUGCUGUUGUAACUGUGGAAGAUGCUGCUUUUGUGAUUGCAUCUGCUGGUGCUGUUGCUGCAUUUGUUGCUGUUGCUGACUGGACAAUUGUGGCUUAA